CUCAGUGCGCAGAGAUGCUUGCCACUAUUUGUUAGCUUUCGGGAGGGUUCGGGUUCAAACGCCGUCAGUAGCAACAUGGGUUAUAAGAAUAAGAUGAUACAAUUUAUUUUUUUUUGUGUUUCCGAAUUAUGAAAAAGCAUCUGCGAAGUGCAGAACGCAAUCUUACUCCAACGAAAAAAAUCUCCAAAAUUGGACUAGUCCAGUAGUAUCUUACGCUCAGUGUUGAUUGGACCGGUCCUUUCCUAAUGACACGCCAAUGCUAAAAAUGGCAGUUGAAACCAUUGGCAGGGGAAAUGUGAUGGACUAGUGCUGGUAACAAUAGGGACUAUCUGAGGGCUAACCUAGGUUAAUCGACUGAGAAGAAAAAGGAUGCUUGUUUGCCAGCAAUUUUUAAUCCAUCAACAACAAAUUUAUGAUAAUUUAAGGAGUGGCAAAAAUUCAACAAGACACAUUUUGGCAUUACAGACUGCUCUGCCCGAAAUAUUCUUUCAAAUAAAUGUUCCCAGAUUUCGCAGUGUACAUCGAAGAGAGCGACAUGAUAAUUCCAUGUGGUUUCUGGAGCAAGAAGGAAACGCACAACAUUAUUAUGAAUCGUACCGCAUGGAUAAAAACUCUUUCCAAUUGCUUUGUGAGAAGUUGGCUCCUUAUCUUCCUUGUCCGGCGGUAUUUGUGACACCACCCUUGCCAAUUCCGAAGCAAGUCGCACUAUGUUUAUAUAAAUUGGCAACAUGCGCCGAGUACCGUGUUGUAGGAGAUGUAUUUGGAGUGCAUAAAAGCACAGUGCAUAAGUACUUUCAUCUUGUUGUUAAAGCAAUACUGCAGCUUCGAAGAGAGUUCUUAUAUUUCCCAGCAUUGGAGGAGGCGAAAAAAAUUGCUGCAGCUUUUGAAAAAUUGACUAAUUUACCCAAUAUUGUGGGUGCAAUAGAUCGAACACAUAUUCCGAUUCUGCCACCGAAUGAUGGGUAUCAAGAUUAUGUAAACAAAAAGGGAUGGCCGUCAAUAGUUACGCAAGCAGUAGUAGAUAAUAACUACUUAUUCCGAGAUGUGAGUGUAAAAAGCCCAGGAGGCACCCAUGACGAAGACGUUUUCAAAAACUCGGGAUUGUUCAAUUAUUCAUCGCAGCUCAUUCCAAAUUACGCUUCUGACGUCAACGGAAUGCAAACGCCCUUCAUGUUAAUUGGAAAUCCUGCAUAUCCACUGCUUUCAUGGCUUAUGAAACCUUACACUGGUAGUUUAGACCCCGAAGAGGAAUCAUUCAACUGUUACAUCAGUUCCGGGCGUAUAGUUGGGGAAAAUGGAUUUGUCAGAUUAAAAUGUCGGUGGCGAUGUCUCUUGAGAAGAAUGGACGUUGAUCCAGGAUUUGUUCCUUUUAUUGUUUUGGCGUGUACGAUAUUGCAUAACUUUGCGGAAAAAGAGAAACAGCCCUUUCUUGAUUCUUGGUAUCCGAAUGUGCAGAACGAAGUUCAGUUUCCACAACCACAAACUCCAAUUUAUAUCGAAAGCAUUCCUGAAAGAAAUAUAAAAACAAGGGCUUUACGUGAAAACUUGAAGAACUUUUUAAAAAACAACUUUCCUCUUCGAAGAUGAAAUUUUUCAA